CCACACGAGAAGAGUGUAGAUGGUUGUGAAGAAGACUUGGUCAGCGAUCGUCUACAGCUAACAACCCUCAAAAUGCAAAAUUAGCCAGAAAGGACCGCAACUCAGGCUGCCAAACACACUAUAAUUAGAGCCAUCUUCAAGAAAAUCUAACAAAAAUAAAGUUCAAACAACCCACAAAUUAUGUGGUGUUUUGAGGAAACCCAUUUAAUUUCUUUUCUUGGCUAAAACUGCAUAGAAAUCCUUGCACAACCUCUCAUAUUGCUUCAUGCCAUCCGGCUCUUCCUCUCAAUAUAACACCCCAUUCAUUCAUCCUUUUUUUCCUUGACUCCUACAAGCAGCCUUGGGCCUCUCCAAGGUGGCGGUGAUCUGCAAAACCUCUCCAUAAUGCAGGCCUCAGGCUGCUGCCUACUGGUCUCCCUCCUCCUCCUCCUCUUCUCAUCGUUCUCUUCAGCGUUGUCAAAUGCUGAAGCCAACUCCAUCGCUCGUCGCCAGCUAUUAGCGCUCCCCAAGGACGGUGAUUUACCUAAUGAAUACGAAUUCGGAGUUGUUUUGAAUGUAACUUUUCCCAAUACCAGGCUUAGACGGGCAUAUAUUGCACUCCAAGCAUGGAAGAAAGCAAUUUACUCAGACCCUUUUAACACCACGGGGAAUUGGGUUGGACCCGAUGUUUGUGCUUACAAUGGCGUUUUUUGCGCUCCAGCUCUUGACGACCCGACGCUCACUGUUGUUGCAGGCAUUGAUCUUAACCACGCCGACAUUGCCGGGUUCCUUCCGGUGGAGUUGGGUUUAUUAACAGAAAUUGCUUUGCUCCACAUCAACACCAAUAGGUUUUGUGGGAUCAUUCCCAAGAGCUUCUCGAGGCUCACGCUUCUUUUCGAGCUUGAUGUCAGCAACAACCGGUUUGUGGGCUUGUUCCCUAAGGUUGUCAUAGGUAUUCCUAAUCUAAAAUACCUUGAUCUUAGGUUCAAUGAUUUUGACGGUGAGCUACCUCCUGAGCUCUUCAACAAAGACUUGGAUGCUCUGUUCUUGAACAAUAACCGCUUCAUAUCCACCAUUCCUGACACUUUCGGAAACUCCCCCGCCUCUGUUAUGGUGGUUGCCAAUAACCAUCUCCACGGCUGUAUUCCAAGCAACAUUGGCAAAAUGGGCAGCACAUUGAACGAGAUUGUUUUCUCGAACAAUCACCUCACCGGAUGCUUGCCUGCUGAGAUUGGGUUGCUUGGAAACGUGACGGUUUUGGACAUUGCCUCCAACAACUUCACCGGAAUCUUGCCAAAGACGUUCAAAGGGCUUUCCAAUGUUGAGGAGUUGGAUAUUGCGCACAACACAUUGACAGGGUUUGUCCCUGGGAGCAUUUGUCGUCUUCCUAACUUGGUAAACUUCACUUUCUCCUACAAUUACUUCAAUGGCGAGGCCCCAGAAUGCGAGCCACCAUCUAGGAAGGACGUUGUGUUGGAUGACAUGAGCAACUGCUUACCGGAAAGGCCGACACAGAAGUCUCCAAAAGUUUGCGCUCAGGUGGUGAAUCGACCGGUUGAUUGUAGCAAGGCUAAGUGUAGAGGAUCAAAGACUCCAAACCCGCCGCCACAACCACAACCGCCAAAGCCAACUCCUUCUCCAAAGGCGCCGCUGCCACCGCAAUCACAACCGCCACAACCAUCUCCUUCUCCAGACGCGCCACCACAACCACAGCCGCCACAACCGUCUCCUUCUCCAAACGCGCCGUCGCAACCACAACCACCACAGUCGUCUCCUUCUCCAAAAGAGCCGCCGCAACCACAGCCGCCACAGCCGUCUCCUUCUCCAGAGGCGCCACCGCAACCACAGCCGCCACAGCCGUCUCCUUCUCCAAACACACCGUCGCAACCACAACCGCCACAGCCAUCUCAUUCUCCAGAGGCACCGCCGCAACCACAACCGCCACAGCCGUCUCCUUCUCCAAACACGCCGUCGCAACCACAACCGCCACAACCGUCUCCUUCUCCAAACGCGCCGUCGCAACCACAAUCGCCACAGUCGUCUCCUUCUCCAGAGGCGUCGCCGCAACCACAGCCGUCUCCUUCUCCAAACGCGCCGUCACAACCGCAACCACCACAGCCGUCUCCUUCUCCAGAGGCGCCAUCGCAACCACAGCCGCCACAACCAUCUCCUUCUCCAGAGGCGCCACCGCAACCACAGCCGCCACAGCAGUCUCCUUCUCCAGACGCGUCGCCGCAACCACAACCGCCACAGCCGUCUCAUUCUCCAGACGCGUCGCCGCAACCACAAUCGCCACAGUCGUCUCCUUCUCCAGAGGCUCCACAACCACAGCCACCACAGUCGUCUCCUUCUCCUUCUCCAGAGGCGCCACAACCACAGCCACCACAGUCGUCUCCUUCUCCUUCUCCAGAGGCGCCACAACCACAGCCACCACAGCCGUCUCCUUCUCCAAACGCACCGCCGCAAUCACAACCGCCACAGCCGUCUCCUUCUCCAAAGGCGCCACCGCAACAACAACCAUCUCCUUCUCCAAAGGAUCCGCCGCAACCACAACCAUCUCCUUCUCCAAAGGCAUUGCCACCAACGCCAGAGCCACAACCUCCCCAACAUCAACCAUACCCACAACCAAUUUCAGCUCCUCCAAAACCAUCUUCAGCACCGGCAUUGCCACCAACGCCAGAGCCACAACCAUACCCACAACCAAUUUCAGCUCCUCCAAAACCAUCUUCAGCACCGGCAUUGUCACCUGAUCCUUACAACGAAUCACCCUUUAAUAGGGCUCGACCUCCUCCUCCACCAGCUCAACCCUCCACACCAUCACCUAAAAUUGCUCCUUCACCACCUCCUCUACAACCCCCACCGCCGGUUCACUCUCCUUCACCACCCCCACCUAUUCACUCUCCUCCACAACCUCCAGUUCACUCUUCACCACCACCGGCCUACUCUCCAUUACCCCCAGUCCGUUCUCCACCUCCACCUUCCCCAUCUCAUUCAGCUCCUACACCAAAGGGCGACAUGGCUCUACCCCCGACCUUCGGCUCCGAUUACCAAUCGCCGCCUCCACCAACGUCCACAGGCUACUAAAUAGCACAAUGUUAAUCACUUUGCCCUUUGUUUUCCUCUCUUUACUAGUUUUACAGUCUCACAACAGACACCCACUUUAGUUAGUUAAUAGCUUGAUACGAAGUUGUGAUCUGCUACAAUUGCCUCCUUAAGGUAACGAAUUAAGUGACACCAUUGGCAAAAUGUAAAUCUGAUUAUCAGAGUGAAUUUGUUUGUAAUUACUGCUCUAAUCCAUUAAUUCUUUGGCUCUGAUAUUCUCUGGAACUAAAUAUUUCUGCUUGAUUUGUGGAUGGAGAGAUUGUUGGUGUUUGUUAAGUGAUCGAUGAUCAUUGCUAGUCCUUUCUGGUUCUAGGUAAUGAAAAUUUGAGUUGUGAGCUGGACAUAUUACAAGUACGAUGUAAUCUUUUAAU